AUGGACUUUUUACUUGAUCUACCGACACAUCUACCGAAUGAGACGCCAGAUACAUCGACCGCGCAAGCCAUUGCCGAACAACCGCCAGCAAUACCAAGUGACAAUGCAACCUCAUCUACAAAAGACACACUACCCCAUUCACCAACAACCACUUCCAAAAAGGUAGUUAGUAUACCGGGGACCAACAUCACGCUUCAGACAGAAGAAGAUAUAGCCAAGUGGAUAGAAGCAAGAAAGAAAAACUGGCCUACUAGAGCCAAUGUCGAACGAAAGCAACAACUCAAGGAGGAGAAACGCAAAUCAUAUCAGCAACCACAAAGACAAAAGCGAUCCUUGGAAGAGGAUGAAGAAGGAGAAGGAGAUGCAAAUGGUGGUGGACCACUGGAGAAUAAACGAAGUAAAACGAUUUGUCGAUUUUUCCAACAAUACGGCAAAUGCAAAUAUGGAAACAGGUGUAAGAACAUUCAUGAAGCACCUAAUCCUCGAGAUGAUCCAAACCCAAUUGCAACCAAAUUCAACAAUACUUUGACUCAUUCCAAGAGACAGUUGAACGGAGUUACGAUCCUCGUGCCUAAAUUGUACUCCAAUAGAACUCAAAAUACAGCCACUUCACAAUCGUCAUUAUUUAAGCAUUUGAUAACUCAAGAUCAGAUGAAGAAUGAAAACAGUUUGGUUAUUGAUUUCAUUAGGUAUUUGGAUGACAAGGGGAAGAUAAACCACGAUGUCAUGAAAGACCGCAAGUAG